AUGAGGGGUGGUACCAGUUUGUUCUUCGCUGUUGUUGUCUUCAGCGUGCUGUUGUGUCUUCCCGCGGCGGCGCGAUCUUUGACUCAGCGCGAGUUUGAGUUUGAAUUAUGGCCAACGCCGAAAUUUUUACAGCAGACAGUAGGUUGCGGUCUGCAGAAGCAAUGGUUCGUUCUGAAUGAGCAAGGUCGACCCUUUUCUAUCGCUAGUGAAGGACACAUCAAACUAAAUGUGACCUCUAUCGCCUAUGACGUGACCGCACUCAGAGGAUAUUUGGAACGCCUUUUGCAUGAGAGCAAACCAGGCGAAGUCUCUAGACACAUUACUUGUUUAUUAUUCACGCAGCCUCGUCUUUUUCGUGUUACGCAACAAAUGAAAAGCAUAAGUGACACUGAAAGCAAGUUUGCGUUGAAUGCAAGUAUUGAGGAGUUUUUGGAUGAAUACUCUAUGUUAUGGGAUGCCGUUUUAAUGCUUAAGGUUUUUGUUUAUGGUGACUGGCUACAAUUGAUUAAAAAGACCAAAACAGCUGCUGAAGAAUCCAUUGAUGACUUAGGGGACUUGUCAGAAGCGGAACUAGAUGCGUCUACUAAAGAGACAAUGCGUACAACACAGAGAAUAUGUACUGCUCCAGCGCUUCUUACGGAGUAUAUUGACGUUGCCGAUGCCUUCCACGUCACUAUGCACAGGAUCCAAAUGCAAAGCCAGACCCCUGUCAUUGCUAUUCUCGUGCAGUGUAGUUAUAUACCUUUAAAUUUGAAACUCACGUUUCAUAUGUCAAAUACAAAUGGAAGAGGAAGCGCAGAGCAUAUAUCCACUGAGUGCAUGUAUUUGGUGUUCUUUAUAGCGUACAUUGUGUUAUUUGCAAUUUUGUUGUUUUUAAUUAUACCAUGCGGAACCUCAUGCACCACAUCUUCUGCCAUAUCCUCAGCAAGCGCAAGUGAUGAAGACAGGCCUGCUGUCCCCAGAAGCUCUCUAAACGUGGGUAGUGCUACUAGAAUGGAUAACGCCAAUGCCAUGGAGGAGAGUGCGAAAGUAGCUUCAAAAUAUCUGGAAGAGAAAGAGGAUACGUUGAAUCUGGCACAUUUGGACAGAAUGCAGGAAACACUGACAGGAGUUGAAACUACAAACUCACCGGUUACCACUUCAUCACCUACACAUCAAUCUUUCAGGGCCUGCCGCAAGCUCUUUUGUGCUAAAACAAGGCAUGCAUGUAGUCUGUAUUUGUUGAUUUUGUAUCCACCAUUACAGUGGCUUGUCCUUGCUUGCCUCAUACUAGGAGGAGCAUUUUGUCUACUGGAGUUAAUACGGUAUCGUGCCCUUGUGGAAUACCCAGAGAAUUUAUCAGAAAGUUACAUUGGUAUAGUUUCCAUUUUUGUUUCUGUAGCUUCCCGUACGGCAGUGUUUGUGAUGCAACAGUUUGUAUGUAUAGGCUGGGGUUGUGCCUAUCAGCGGCCUCCGACGAUAAAGCUUGUCACCGCCUGUUUGGCCUCCGUCAUUACAUUCUUUGCCUAUGUAUUCAAUGGAAGUUGCAAGGGCGGCGGAUUUUCAGUAAUAUAUUCUUUGUACGACAAAGACACAAAUGUUGGUGUUCGUUGCUCGACGAUUCAGACUGUUGUUGUGGCCUGUGAGUUGUUGGGUUGGGUGCUAAAUCUUUUUCAACUUACUACACUGAUGGCAACCAUUGGCCGUGCUGCAAUGAAAGGGUCACCACGACGAAGGCCAAGUUUUCAUGGUGAACUAACUUCCCUCUAUCUGCGCUACCGUAGCAUGUGCGUGCCGUAUGCGUUGGGCAUGCUUUUACCACAAGUACUUUUUAUUGUUUUCUCUAAUACCCUUAUGGGUCUUGAAGAUCAUUACGUUGAAGUUGCACUUCGGGAAUUUUCGCAGUGGUACCCGUUGGCGUUUGUCCUCAUUUUCUUACGAAAGGAACCCUUCUACUUCUGA